CCGUGCAUUUCAAGGCUCUCCCAACGUGCGGUAUAUGGGCAGUGGCUGGAAGAGGGCGUGCGGAAGUGAAUUGUCAUGUUCUUCAGUUUCUGCGUAGCAUUUUCACAAAUGCGUUGAUCGCCACUCGGAAUGUGUACUUUCAGACUUGAUUGCAAUGCUGGUACCGUAAUGCGUUCGAGCUCGUGAGUUUUGCGGAUGGAGAAUUAGUAUGAGUAUGGAAAACGGCGAAGAUUGCGACGUUAAGAAGGAAGAGGACGACUCGGACCGCGAAAUUGGAUAUGCCAUACUCACAGACGAUUUUAUCCGAGCUGCAUUUGAAUCUACAGAGUCCUGCUCUGGUGUAUCAGGACUUAAUCAGGAGGCUGCAGAUGCUCUCAACCAGGAUGUUUGUUACAGAAUACGGGAGGUGACGCAUAUGGCAGCGCAGAUGAUGCGGCACGGCGGUCGCCAGCGGCUGUCGCACGGCGACCUGAGCCGGGCGCUGCGCUGGUACAGUGCGCCGCCCGUGCUGGGCCACAGCACGCGCCGGCCGCUGGAGCUGCUGGCCGUGCCCGAGGCCGGCGUCUGGGUGGCCGAGGAGCACGAGUGCGAUCUGGCCCAGCUGGCGUUCAGUGCCGACCCGCCGCCGCCGCCGCCGCCCGCCGACUCCCAGCUGAGUGCGCACUGGCUGGCCGUGGACGGCCGGCAGCCGGACGUGAAGCAGGAGGCGGACCAGCCGGCCGGCUGCUUACUCUCGGCCGCUGAGCUCGCCUACUACGAGCAGAUCACACGGGCCCUGUUCGGCGCCAACCUGGAGCUGCUGCAGAUCGCGCUGCACGACCUGGAAACGUCAUGUCAGCUGGCGCCCGUGCUGCCGCACCUUCUGCGCUGCGUGCUGCAAGCGAUCCGGCGUCUGGCUAGUCGACCCCGCUGGAUGCAGCGGCUGCUGCGGGUGCUGCAGGCGCUCACGCGUAACACCGGCAUCAACCUGGGCUCCAAGCCGAACCUGAACCAUAUCGCCAGUGCCUUGGUGUUCUGCGCCAUCGAAGGCCAGCCGAAGGAGCCCGACCCGCUGCUGGACCCCGUCUGCGUCAAGGAGUUCGCGGCCCGGCUGCUGGCCCAGCUGGUUUACAAGUGGACGACGCCGGUGAACCAGCUCCCCGAGCAGAUCGCCCGCACGCUGCACGACACCGUACAGAACCGGGGCAACCGGCUGCGUCAGCAGUUCGGCGCCAUCACGGCGCUCACCUACAUGGGCCCCGAGGCCAUCAUGAGGUACCUGUGCCCGCUGCUGCCGGACUACGUGCCUGCCAUGCGGGAGGUGCUCGGCACGGACCAGCUGAACAUGGCACUGCGGAUGGACGCCAUGCGGGUGCAGUCGGCGCUCGGGCUGGCCAUCCAGCAGUACCUGCAGUACAAAGCCCGCGAGUUCGCCGCGGAGCCGGAUGCGGCUGGGGCCGGCCCGCCUCCGCUCGUCAUGUACCGCCUGUGGGCCGAACUGUGUCAGCAGCUGGCGCCGGCGCCGGCGCCCGCCUGCUGUCUGAGCGGCGCGCCACUGCGCCAGCGCUUCCCCACCAUCUACUUCAGCUUCAUCGGCGCGUCGCCGCUGCCCGAGCACCUGCUGCGGCGCGUGCAGUUCCCCAAGUCGCACCCGUUCGCGACGCAGGCGCCGCUCGACUCGCGGCCGCGCAAGGGCAGCUUGCGCUGCUGGCCGGCAGGUGGCAGGCACGUCGUUCGGACGGGGGACCUCAGCGUGCCGCUAUGA